CUUACCAAACACUGCUCUCCCGCUCUCUGCGGCUUCCCGAAGCGUUCCACCUCCCCAAACGCUGACCAUUUCGACUUCCCCACGCAUCACGUUGCUCGGAACCCUUUCUUUCUCGUCCGCCUUUGUUCUCGUUGCUCGAAAGAUUUGCCUUCGGAGAAGGCCAGGGUGCGGUGGGAUCGGAAGCUGAUGAUGGAGUCUUUCGUGUGUCGUUGAUCCCUAGGGAAUUUGGUCUAUAUAGGAGGUUGUCAUGGCUACAAUCACUGACAUUGGACUCGCAGCAGCCAUUAACUUACUAAGUGCCUUAGUGUUCCUUGUGGCAUUUGCUGUAUUAAGACUGCAACCAAUAAAUGACAGGGUUUACUUUUCCAAGUGGUAUCUUAAAGGUGCAAGAAGCAGCCCAAACCACUCAGGAACAUUUGUUCAUAAGUUCGUCAAUUUAAAUCUGAGGUCAUACUUGAGAUUUCUGGAAUGGAUGCCAGCUGCACUUAAAAUGCCUGAACUAGAAUUGAUAGAUCAUGCAGGACUUGAUUCAGCUGUUUUCUUGCGGAUAUAUCUAAUCGGACUUAAAAUUUUCAUUCCCAUCACUAUCCUGGCAUUCUCUGUUCUUGUACCUGUCAACUGGACAAAUAGCACUCUGAAAAAUUCAAACAAAGUGUACAGUGAUAUAGAUGAUCUCUCCAUAUCAAAUGUUCCUACAGGAUCACAGAGGUUUUUGGCCCAUGUCGUUAUGGCAUAUGUCUUUACCUUUUGGUCAUGUUAUGUGUUGCAUAAGGAGUAUGAAAUUGUUGCGGCAAUGAGGUUACACUUUCUUGCAUCAAUGAAAAGCCGUCCUGAUCAGUUCACUGUCCUUGUUCGAAAUGUGCCACCUGAUCCAGAUGAGUCAGUUGGUGAGCUUGUUGAACAUUUUUUCCUUGUCAAUCAUCCUGAUCAUUACUUAACCCAUCAGGUUGUGUAUAAUGCAAACAAACUUGCUAAGCUGGUUGAAGAGAAGAAACAAAUGGAGAAUUGGCGUGACUACUAUCAACUGAAAUAUGUUCGCAAUCCAUUAAAAAGACCGACUAGAAAGACUGGUUUCUGGGGACUGUAUGGUCACAAGGUGGAUGCAAUUGAUUUUUAUACAUCUAAGAUUGAUAAACUCUCUAAAGAAGAAGCUGCAGAGCAUGAAAAUAUAAUAAAGAACCCCAAGUAUAUCAUGCCAGCUGCAUUUGUUUCUUUUCGAACACGAUGGGGGGCUGCUGUUUGUGCACAAACACAACAGACAAGAAAUCCCACAUUGUGGUUGACUGAGUGGGCACCAGAACCUCGUGAUAUAUAUUGGCAGAAUCUAUCCAUUCCUUUUGUUUCCAUCACAAUUAGAAAGUUGAUUGUAGUGGUUUCCUUCUUCUUUCUUACCUUCUUCUUUAUGAUUCCAAUUGCAUUGGUACAAUCACUUGCAAAUAUUGAAGGAAUCGAGAAGGCAGCUCCAUUUUUGAAGCCCUUAAUUGAAAUACCCGUCAUUAAGUCAGUCAUGCAAGGUUUUCUCCCCGGAAUUGUUCUGAAGAUCUUUCUUAUAUUGCUGCCUAUGAUACUGAUGCUCAUGUCAAAGUUCGAAGGAUUUGUUUCAUUGUCAGCUCUCCAGAGAAGAUCUGCAUCUAAAUAUUAUAUCUUCUUACUGGUCAAUGUGUUUCUGGCGAGUAUAAUUAUUGGAACAGCAUUCGAGCAACUUAAUAGUUUUAUACACCAGUCAGCAAAUGAAAUUCCAAAAACAAUUGGUGUAUCCAUUCCAAUGAAAGCAACUUUCUUCAUUACUUAUAUCAUGAUUGAUGGUUGGGCUGGAAUUGCUGGGGAGAUCUUGAGAUUGAAGCCUCUUAUUAUCUACCACUUAAAAAAUCUUUUCUUGGUGAAGACGGAAAAGGACAGGGAUGAGGCAAUGGAUCCAGGAAGCAUUGAGUUUGCCAUAUCUGAACCUCAAAUACAGCUGUAUUUCUUGCUCGGUCUUGUCUAUGCUGCAGUCACGCCCUUCUUACUUCCUUUCAUACUAGUAUUUUUCGGUCUGGCAUAUGUUGUUUUUCGCCAUCAGAUUAUAAAUGUGUACAACCAAGAAUAUGAGAGUGCUGCAGCAUUUUGGCCUGAUGUCAAUCGCCGCAUUAUCACUGCUUUGAUCAUAUCUCAGCUGCUUCUACUUGGACUCUUAAGUACAAAGCAUGCUGCUAUUUCAACACCUUUGCUUAUCCCCCUUCCAGUGUUGACUAUAUGGUUUCAUAGGUUUUGCAAGAAUCGCUAUGAACCUGCUUUUGUUAAAUAUCCACUUCAGGAAGCAAUAAUGAAAGAUACACUAGAUCAUGUUAGGGAGCCUAACCUAGACAUGAAAGCAUACUUGCUGAAUGCAUAUACACACCCUGUCUUCAAAAAUGGGGAGACUGAAGAUAAGGUUCCAGGUGAUGAAGAAUUUGAGAACAUACUGGUGCCCACCAAGCGCCAGUCUCGCAAGGGGACAUCAGUUCCCAGCAAGUUUGGCUGCUCAUCGUCGCCUUCCCUUCCUGAUGUUGUCCAAUAACAGCUAUAACAUAACAUGGUACUGUACACCCUUGUAAUGUAUUGCCAUGUAAAUCAGUAUUGCAAAUGUGACAAAUGAGCAGAAAUUCCAUACAUCCAUACGCAUUCUGUUGUGGCUGAAUUGUUUGAAUUGAAGUACUGUAGUUUAAACUUCUGAGCAGAUA